UGCAUGUGAUAUUAUAAACACUGCUAAUCUAAAGGGAAAACACUUUUUCCUUGAUAUCGUAGAACAAGAACAGGGAUACAACCAAAAAUGGAAAAUCAAACGGUGCAGAAAAAACAGUGUGGUACAAAAACAGAUCUGAACUUACUGCUGGAAUGCCUUAAAUAUCAGAUGGACUGUCCUGUAUCUCAGAAAGAAGCUUUGAUCACUAUUUGUUCAAUUUGCCAACAAAACAGUGAAGCAAGUGAAUAUUUUCGAGAAAUCGGUGGUCUGAUGUUUAUAAAUGAUCUUGCAAAGUCAAAUGUUCAUUGCAUAGUAAAGGAAGCGGCUUUAUUUACAUUAGGAAUUAUAAUAGAGAGUAAUGUUUACUGUCAACAAACUUUGUGUACUUCUGCAGUGUUUGAAGACCUCAUUUUAUUUUUAAGUAAUAAGGAUUCUGGUGUGAACUUGAAAAGAAUGUCUGUUUAUGUCAUCUUAGUACUGGUUUCAAAUAACCGGAGUGGGCAAACCUAUGUCAGAGAUACAGGCUGCAUUAGUCUUCUGCUGCAGUUAUUCAGAACAACUCUUUCCACAUCUGAGAUGAAUCUGUCAGAUGAAAACACUAACCAGUGCUACCAGCUGUGGUCCUCAGUCUGCAGCACUCUCUGUGCCUGUGUUAACAACCCUCAAAAUGAAGAUAAUCAAAACAUUUGCUCUUCAGUUUUUCCAUAUGCCAAAGAGUGGCUCGAAAGCUGCACAGAGCCUGAGAUAGUUCGUCCUAUUUGCUCAUUUGUUGGUCUCACCGUUGCAAAUAACUCAUAUGUGCAGAAAUACUUUGUUUCUGUUGGAGGCUUGGAUACAUUGGCUAAAGUUCUCAUCAAGCUGAUGCAUGAUUCCUGUAUGGGUCACUCAAGCACAAAACUUGCCGUAGUGGUAACAAAGACUCUGGAUGCCUGCAUUGCCAAUGACUCUGCGUUGGGUGUUGUCUUGGCAAAGUAUCACGCUGUGUCAGAGCUACUGAAGCUGCUGUCCAAUGACACUCUGGAUACAGGAGGAAAGAUUAGUGUUAUUCUAACAAUUGGACACUGUACGGAAGUUUGUGAAGCAAACCAGUGUGAACUACUCCAGAGCAAUGGUCUUCCACUUAUGAUUCAGUUAUUAACUGAGUCUCAGGAUGAGGAACUAAACAAAGCUGCUACUUUUGUGCUGCAAAACUGCAAACAAAUGACUGAAAAAUUAUCCCUGAAAACAAACGAUAAUUCAUUAAAUGUGAACAAUGCAGAAGAGUUGGACGUGGAAGUCAGAAGCAGGAGUCUACAGGACUACUGGGAGAAAGCAGAAGAAAUCUUACACAGAAUAAACUUGCUUGAAAAAGAACAUAAUGAGGAAAGAGCGCAAGAAAGAGUAUUUGUAGACAGAUCUUCAGAAGCCAACAUUGAAGCAUCAAAGUACCAUGCAGUGAACCUUGCUGAUCCAAAACCUUACGUAGAAAGAACACAUAAAGAAGUACUUUGUCCACAGUUGACCUCUAAGUCAGAUGAUCAAGUCCUUGCUCCAUCCGUAAAUUCUUUUCCACACAAAAGUGAAAUAGUGAACACUGUGGAUCCAGUAAAUGCUUCUGUUGGAGAAAGCAAACAGAGUAAUAUUCUGUUUUCAGUUAACGAACGACAUGCAGAUCGUGUACUUCAGAGUCACAGGAUAAAUGACAAAAUUGCAUCUGUAAAAAAUCCGUAUGUUUGUCAAGGAAGGGAAUGCUUAUUUGAACAACCAGCAGAGAUUGAUAAAAAUAUGAAACAGAUAGGCACAUCAGGUCAACAUUCAUUCUACUCGGAGACAAACAAGGAAAAGAAAAGUAUUUCAACUAAAUCUGCAUCCCAUAAAAUGGCAGAGUUAAGGUGCUUAGGCUGUACAGCAGGAGCACUGUGCUUCAACAGUAAAACCUUUACCCAGAUGUUGCAAAGUUGUCCGUACCAGUGUGACUUUCACAAAGUCAUUCUGGAAGCUGAAGAAAGAUAUAAAAACGAUCUUCGCAAAUUGGCUGUUUGUAACAACAGUAGACGUGCAACUUAUGAGAAAAUACUGCUGACUCCCCUGAAGAAAGACAGACUGCAUACAGAAAUAUCAACUUUUAGGAGCAAAAAGGAUAGUUUCCAAAGUAUCCUUUUGACUCCAGUUAGAAAAAACAAAUCUAAUACUUCAAAUAGAGAGGAACCUAGUAAAAGUACUAGGUUGAAUCAUGACUAUAACUUGAUACCUACAUAUGAAAAGUCUUUCAAAGAAAUCCAAGAUGCUAACUUGAAGAGACAAAGAGUCAAAGAAGUAUGCAACCAGGAAUGUCAGCGCUUAAGAGAAAAUUGUAUCUCUUCAAUUCACAAAGAUGAGCAAAACAAAUAUUUGCAGAACAAUGAAAUACGUUCCCUGGACAUGAACACAAGAACUAUAAACAAGAGAAGAACUCGAAAAGAUUUCACGACUGAAGAAGUUAACUAUCUUUUGAGUGGAGUAAAAGAAAUGGGUAAUCACUGGAAUGCAAUUUUGUGGUCUUAUCCAUUUCAGAAAGGACGGACAAGUGUUGAUCUUUCCAAGAAAUACUACAGGUUACAGCUGCAAAUGCAAGAAAGAAAGAAAGUUCAUCAAUGACAUCUUUCAAGAGUGUUUUGGAUUUUGUAGCUGAGUGUUGAACAGCAGCAGCGUUUGCUAAGGUAUUGCCACAGCGAAACGAGCCCGUAGAGGUGUCAUGUUGGCUUGGCCUCAUGUUUCCCAGUGAGAACAUUCACUGACAGAGUUGUUAGGUUUUGUAAAUUUAAAUUACAUGUGAUUCAGUAAGUUUUUUUAAAUUUAAGUAAUGCUAACAUGGCUAACAAUUGACUAUUUGAUUUAUGUAACAUUCGGUCUGGCUUUCUGUUUGAAUCUUUUUAUAGCUUACUUUAUACCAUUGGUAAGAAAAGGCUGUAUUUGUCAAAUGAAUAUUUUAUGUCAGAAGCUGUUCAAUGUUAAUUCUUUUGUGUCUGAAUUUGUUUCCUCUAAUAAGUGAAAUGUUUAAAGCAAGUAAAAUAUUUUGUCAUGCGUUUUAAUGUGCUGUAUGUGUGGUAAAGUUAUCUGUGACAGAAAACACCAAAUGUGUGGUUAAACACGGCUGUAGAGAGUACCUUUCCUUUGUACCUUAAGCAAAAUGAAAACUUGUGGAAAUGUGAGCACUUCUGGGUAGAAGACUUAACAUAUGGCUCAGCUGCAAUGUUUCUUGACUGAUAUUAAUGACUGGGAUAACAUUCCUGGACCUACAUAAAACAGAAUCACAGAAUGGUUUGGGUUGGAAGAGACCCUAAAGCCCAUCCAGUUCCACCGUCUGCCACGGGCAGGGACACCUCCCCCUGGAUCAGGGAGCUCAAAGCCCCAUCCAACCUGGCCUUGGACAUCUCCAGGGUGCUCCAGUGCUGAA